AUGGCUGUGUUGAACACACACAAGGUGCUGUUUGCAUACAACCGCCUCACUUUCGGCAUCGCAUCUGCUCCAGCUUUGUUCCAGCGUCGCCUCGAGUCCAUUGUGCAAGGCCUGCCUUGCGUCAAGGUGUACUUGGAUGACAUCAUCGUAGCCGAAAAGCAGUACGACGACUCCACUCUGCGGCGAGUCUUUGAGCGGCUACGGGACAAUGGACUUAAGUUGACCCUUGACAAAUGCAGGUUCCACGAGAAGCAAGUGUCGUUCUUGGGCCACAAGAUAGACGCAACGGGCCUCCAUCCCCCCGACAAUAUGGAAGCCAUCACCGCUGCACCAAGACCAGAGACGUUCCUGCCCUCGAGCAACUCUUCUUCCCGCGGGAGGAUCGGCGAGUCGCCAGAGUUUCGACGAACUCUCGUCUCCCCCACCAACGCCAUUUUGCUACGGUCCCGGGAACUGGUCCGUCUUCCACCGGGCUGUGCGGGCCUCCAACGAACUGUCAGUGGCCCGACCGCGCAGGAGGAAUUCCUCUGCCUUCUUGGCCGUGGGAAUCAGACUGGCUUCGACAGUGCCGUGUAG